AUGGCAGAGGUCAGGGAGGAGCCCCCCGCGCCCCGAGCCGUGCGGGUGUGCCGCAUCUGCGUGGAUUUCCUGCAGAGCCCCGCUGCUGCCGUGGAGCCCUGCGGACACGUGUUCUGCCACGCCUGCAUCCAGCCCCAGGCCGGGCCCGACGCCGCCGCCACCUGCCCGACCUGCCAAGGGCCCAUCGGGGGCAUCCGCGUGCUGCAGGGCCAGGAGAGCCGGGCCGGGCUGGCCCCGCGCCGGCCCCGCCGCCGCCUCCAUCCCUUCGUGGUGCGCUGGCGCCAGCGGCAGCAGCGGCAGCAGCAGCAGAACCAGAACCAGCAGCAGAACCAGAACCAGCAGCAGCAGCAGAACCAGCAGGAGGCACGACAGGACCCGGCCCCCUUGAGCAGCCAGCUCAGCCCCCGCUGCAGGAGGAGGCCCGCGCCUCUGCCCCCGCAGCCGCCGGGCCCGGCAGGGAUGGAGCCCGGCAGGUCGGUGCCGGCCGAGCUGAAGCUCCGCAAGCCCUCGCAGCGGGCCGGGAUCCCGGCGCCCUUCCUCGCACACUCGGACGGGGCGCCCGGGCCGGCGGGGCCCCCCAGGCCGGACCCCGCGGAGGUGGACGCGGAAUCGCUGGUGCCCACGCACGAUGAGCGGGGCCGGCUCAUCCCCGAGUGGAAGCGGCAGGUGAUGGUGCGGCGGCUGCGGGCCCGGCUGGCGGACGAGGAGCCGGCGGGAGGGCAGGUACGAGGGGCCCGGGGAACACCGGGGGAACGGGCCUCCUGGAGCUUCUCGCCCUCCCACCAAGGCGUGCUGGGCCCGUUCGGGGAGCUGCUGACCGAGACAGACCUGUAUCAGUUGGAGAGGGCAGUGGAGAGCCUGCGGCUGCGGCGGCGCGGCGAGGUGUACCAGAGCGAGCUGCGGCGCCUGGUGCGGGAGCUGCGCGCCCUCCUGCCCGCCCCGCUGCUCAACAUCUCCGUCCGCAGCCCCCCGCCCGCUCCGGGCCAGCCCCUGCCCGUCUGGUGCGGCCGCCUGGCCGUCGCCGUCAACAGCCUGGCCGCGCUGCUGGGCAACAUGGAGGGGCUGCCGGCUCCCCGCGCUGCCGCGGCCGUGCCCGCCGCUCCCUGCGCUCUCCCCGCGGCCGCCGGGCAUCCCCGGGAGCCGGGGGGCAGCCUGGCACAGCGGGAGAUCCGGCAGUGCGGGGUUUGCGUCCGCAGCCUGCGCGGCGCCUUCGAGCCCGCCUGGGGGGCGGCGGGCAGCGCUCCGGCCGGGCCCCGCGAGGCGGAGGCCGCCAGCGACUCGGGCAUCAGCUGCGAGGAGGCGUUUUCCGACGGCGGCUCCCCGCGGCAGGGGAAGCGGCAGGGGCCGGAGUGGGGCAGCUUGAGGAAGGAACGGAUCGUGAUGCUCUUCCUGAGCCACUGGAGACGCUCCGCGUACGCGCCCUUACGGCCCGCCGGGGCCGGGGACCCUCGGGAGACAGCGGGGAGCGGGGCCGGGGCUGCGGCCCGCCUGGCCCGGCAGCGAGCGGCCAUCCAGAAGCUGCUGAACGGCUGGAGGGACGCCGCCUCCCGCCGGCCGCCGCCGCCGCCCCCCGCCCGCACCCUGCUCUCCCCGGAGCAGUUCGUGUCGGCGGCGGGCGGCGGCCCGGCCGAGUACGAGAGCCUGUCGCUGGAGCUGUUCAUGCUGGGCUAUUUCCGCAUCCUGGAGCAGGACCUGUCCCCCGAGGAGCGCCGAGGCCGCCACCUGCUCUGUUUCGAGGUGUUCGAGCAGCUGGGCCGGCACGGCUGGCGGGCGGUGCGCGCCUUCCACCGCGCCGUCAUCGACGAGAUCGCGGCCGGGCGGCGCGGCUGGCGCGACGGCUUCGACGACAUCAAGGCUCGCUACUUCGGGACUCCGCACGGCCCGGGCCAGCUGCCGGGGCUGCCCGGCGACGAGGGGGACGAGAUUUGUCGCUACAUCGAUCGCAGCUUCGCCUUUUGGAAGGAGAAGGAGGCCGAGAUCUUCAGCCUGGAGGAGUGAUGCCGAGGGGCUCCGGAGGCCGCGGGCUGCAAUAAAAACUUUCUCGGUUCUGUCCCAGCUGAGCGACGCUUUGGGGGCGGUGGAGAAAGCUGCUGAGCUG